UUCAUUUUGAAUUUUGAUCUCGAAUUAUACAUUUCGGGCUUUGUUUAUUAAUUGAUAUUGAAUAAUAACUAAGAGCCAUGCUAGACGAAACUGAGGUGAAACCUAUGUCUUAUAAAGUAUAUGCCUCAAUCAUAGGAGAGUUCAAUAAAUUAACGUCAUAUAGUCGUAAAGCAGAAAAUGAAUUGCGGAAGAAAUUUGCAGAUAUUCCAUCAGCAACAUUGGGAAGUAUUAUAUCGUCCUUGGUUCAAAGAGCUAUGAAACAAUGUUACAGAAAAUCUCCUAUUAUAUCAAGCAGGUAUUAUGAGUUCUAUGAAGAAAUUACAAAGGUCGAACAUGGAGAUGAUGUUAUGUUACGGCUUGCCGAUAGUCAAGGUAUCAGUCCAGCCCUGUAUAUUAGAUCAUUACUUCAAAAUGUUUAUACCACUUCAAUGGUCAAAAAAUGUUUGAAAGACAGUACCCUUAUCAAAGACAAGGACUUAGCUUAUCAGGUGUUUUUGGGAAUGAUGAAUGACAAUCAAUACAGUCCAUAUGCUGAUAUUAUUAAACAGUCCAUUGGUCUGGAAUAUGAACUCCGAUUGGAAAGAGAGCUUAAAUUAUUGAAUAUAACAUUUUCUGAUGAAAACAUCUUGCGAAGCAGAGGAUAUGACAAGACUCCAGAUUUCAAACUGGAUGUUCCAAUAGCAGUGGAUGGCUUUGUUGUAAACUGGAUUGAGAGCAAAGCCCUCUUUGGUGAUAUGGAGACCCAUUUAGGCUAUCUUAAAGAUCAAUUAAUUUGUUAUUGGAAUAGAUUUGGACCAGGCCUGGUAAUUUACUGGUUUGGAUACUUGGAGACACUUAAUAAUACACCGGAAGUGAAUAACAUGUUCAUACUUAGAACUAAAUUUCCGGAAAAGGCUAACAUCACUCAAUACAAGAUAGAAUUAUAAAUAAAACAUAUUGUAGUUGUUCUAA